AAGAAAUCUUAUCAGUGCGUUAUCGCCCAACUGAACUGAGUAUAAGAUAGCCGCCGGCUGCUCGCAGGCCAUUCAGUUACCAUUUGCACUUGGACUUGAAAGGAGCUCGAAAUGACACCAAACCGGAGCAGUUGGAUCGGCUGCAGUCUGGGUGGCCUUUUGGUCGCCCUCUUGGCCCUGCAAUCGAUGCCCCAGGGCAGCGAGGGAGCCAACAUCCUGGGCGUCUUCACCAGCCACAGUCCGUCGCACUUCAUCGUCCACAUGUCCAUCAUGAAGACGCUGGCCGAGAAGGGUCACAAUGUGACGGUCGUGUCCUCGGUUCCUCCAAAAGUGACCCACAAGAGCAUCAAGCACAUUGUUGUCCCGAUGAGUGAGGCGGACGAGAAGGUGCUCAACGACGGCAUGGCUGGCAUGGUCAAGGAUAAGCCCUCGAUUUGGAACACCUUCAAAUCGAUCUUCAGCUCGCUGGCCAUGCUGAUUGACAAGCAGGUGGACGUCCUGGAGGAUCCGCGCUUCCAGGAACUGUAUCUCAACAAGGGCAACAAAUUCGACGUGGUCUUCGUAGGGUUCUUCUUCAAUACCUAUCAGGUGGCCCUGGGUGCUCGGUUCAAUUGCCCCGUAAUUAUUUCCUGGUCCGGUGCGCCCAUGAUGAUGGUCAACGAGGUUCUGGGCAAUCCCGAGCUGUCCAGCGUUCCCCAGAUGAACAUUGCCGGCGAACCGGGAAAACCCAUGAAUUUCCAGCAGCGUUUGCAGAACUUUGGCAGCACUGUUGGAUUUAACAUUCUCAGUCUCUUCCUGAGCCACAAAUACAAUGGGUUCUAUGAGCGACUUUGGGGCAAGGACAAGUCCAUACCCAGCUUUGAGCUGGCCAAAAGGAAUGUCUCGCUGGCCUUCUGCAAUAGCCACGGGAUCAGCGAGGGACCCAUUCGACCCAAUGUGCCGGGCAUCAUCGAGAUCGGAGGCAUUCAGGUGAAGAGCAAGCCCGAUCCUCUGCCGGAGGACAUCAAGGAGUUCCUGGAGAAGGCCAAGCACGGUGCCAUCCUCUUUAGUUUGGGCUCCAACCUGAAGGGCGAGCACAUCCAACCGGAAGUGGUGACCACCAUAUUCAAGGGUCUGAGCAGCCUGAAGCAGCAGGUGAUCUGGAAGUGGGAGGAUCCGAAGAAUACACCCGGCAAGGCGGCGAACAUACUGUACAAGAAGUGGCUGCCCCAGGACGAUAUCCUGGCCCAUCCCAAGAUCAAGCUUUUCAUCACGCAUGCCGGCAAGGGCGGCGUGGCCGAGGCCCAAUACCAUGGAGUUCCCAUGCUGGCUCUGCCCGUCUUCGCCGAUCAGCCCGGAAAUGCCGACAAAUUGACCGCCAGUGGUUAUGGCCUUCAGCUGCCUUUGGCCAGUUUGGAUCUGGAUGAGUUCAAGGCGGCCAUCAAGGAGGUUAUCGAGAAUCCCAAGUUCGCCAAGAAGCUGAAGAGCUUCUCGCAGCUGUAUCGCGAUCGUCCCUUGAGUGCCCAGGAAUCGGUGGUCUAUUGGACGGAGUACGUGAUCCGUCAUCAUGGCGCCGCCCACAUGCAGAGUCCCUUGGUCCACAUGAACAUCAUCGCCAGCAACAACCUGGACAUCUAUGUGCUCGCCGCUCUGGUGCUCUACAUCCUGUUUAUUGUUAACAAGAUUGUUUGGAAAUUUGUGUGGCGCAAAUUGUUUGCCAAAUCGAACAAAGCCUCCCCGAAGAAGAAGGUGAAGAAGCAGUAAAUAGACAUCACAAGAAAUAUGCGAAUUUUAUAGUCAUUU